CAGCGCCACAGUGGCGUAAGAGCAAGCAGAUGGAAAAAUAGUUCUCAAGUUUUUGGACAUUAAUUGGGUAAAAUUGUGAUAAAAAAUGGAAAAUAUUAUUUAAAAAGAUUGCCCAAAGUGUUAUAAAUAAGGUGAAAUGAAAAUACGCAUAAAAAGUGAGGGAGAAAUGGUGAAAUAUCGAGGUAAAAUGUUGGCGUAGGAAUCGGACCUCUACCCAUAACCGCCAUAACCUCCAUUCGUGUUAUUGGAGUAGAUACGGAAUUAAGUUGUGUGUCAGAUGUGUCUAUCAAUUUGGAUUAUUCGACAAGUUGUAUGGUUUUAUUUAUUUUCAGCGUAAAAGGGGUGAUUCAGUGAGUAAUUUAUUAUGUGUUUGAAAGGAUUAGGGUGCAAAUUAGAAUACCAAAAUGAAGAAAAGCUUCCGUUGUUGACUAUAACGGCGGGGUGUUGGCAACGAUCGGCCGUGCUAGAUCGCAGCCGUUUUUCUUAACAUGGCUGCAACGCAGGCCGAAAAGCAACAAAAUGACGUGAAUAGUGAGAAAGUGCAGUCGGAUCAGCAUCUGAACGUGAACGUGCGGAACUCCUUGUUGCAAAAUGGGACCGAUAAGAGUAGUGCUCGCGGUGGCGGUGUAGUGCAUACAAAGGCUAAGAACACCGCCGGCAAAAACAUCGCCAUAGAAAUGAGUCAAUACCGUCAGGAUAGCAGUGGAGGCGGCUCGACGACGGUUCCUGGACAGACAAACGCCAGUUCGGGUGCGGGCCCCACGUCCAGCAGUGUGUCCGUGUCCGGUCAGGGCCCGCAGGAGCCAGGCCUCGGCGGAGAACCCGAACCGUCGGCCGGGGCAACGGCUGCCGCAACGGACUCCAAUAUCUAUUCCUCGGAGGGCCCCCCGGCCCCGUCGUCGGGCGCCUCGGACGGUCACGGUUACGGGUUUUCUUACGGCAGAGACGAGGGCGGCAUACAUGCCUUCGGGCCCAGACAGCCUUUCGGGGCUCCCAAACAGAUGCCUCCACACCAGCCCCAUCAGCGCUUCGUAACGGGGCCCUCGAUUUCGCAGCCCUCGGGGCCGACACCUACGUUGAAUCAAUUAUUGCAAAGUAAUAACAAUACCAUGCCGCAUCGAUAUCCGAAUAGUUACGGUCAUCCCGAGCAGCAUUAUAAUCAGGCUUGGCCGCCCCAGAAACCUAUCCAACAGGGCUAUCCCUCUGGUCCACCGGGGAGCUCAGGACCACCUCCAGGCGCUCCACCGGCAGGCUCCUACAGGACACAACCUACGUUAUCUCCAGCAUACGGUGGUAGUUCAGCGUCGAGCCCGGGCUACAGCGAGGGCCGAUCGAAUUGGCAAAGCGGGCCCUCGGGUCCAGGCGGGCACGGUCCUGGCCCGGGUCCAGGACCGGGUAGCCCCGGUCAGGCGAAUUCAUCGGCGCCCGCCAGCCAACCCUCGCCGCAACCAUCUCAACCUCCAAGCCAUUCGCCUGGACCCGGGCCUGGAAUGCCUCCUAGUCCGCAACAUCAGUCCCAUCAGGGGUUCCCUUCGAGACCGGCACCGCCCACCACCCCCAACGCACAUGGUCCUGAUGCGGCGGAUUUGAGUGGGGGUAACAGCAAUGACAGUUCUGGUGGUCCUGCACCAGGAACUCCAAAUUCACAGGGUAUGCGACCAACCCCGUCACCUACUGGUUCUACAGGUUCGAGGUCCAUGUCACCAGCAGUAGGCCAAAACAUUCCUAUGCCACCAAGGCCUUCAAGCGGACAGUCUGACGGCAACGGACCUAGUCGUAUACCAAUGGUAACUCAGGGCAGCUAUACAACACCCCAUUCGUCUCCGCACCCAGCCCACGGUUAUAAAAGCCACCCGAGCAUGGUAGUAUCGGGAUCGGGCAACCAACAAAUGCCUCUGUAUCAACCAAAUCAGUAUCCUCAAACCGGCUAUCCACCACGGCCUCCCAGUAACAUCCAGUAUCCAGGACAAGGCUACGGCCCUCCAACGUCGCAGCCCCCGCCGCCAAACAACAUGCCCCCUCAGCAAUUUCCAGGUCGGUCGGCUCCGAACCACAUGCAGAACUCGCAGUUUCCACCCUACCAACAGUCAUGGCAAUCUUCGAUGUCGACAAGCUCAAAGGGCAACGGUCCGAAUUCGCCCGCGCAGGCACCCGGGCCCGGGUCUCAAUCGCCCGGCCCAACGACGCGCCCACCUCACUACCUCAAACACCAUCUGCAACACAAAAUGGGUUUUCAAAACGUUCCAGGCUCCACGCCGCCCAGCCCUAGUCCGCCGCAAAAUUACCACAUGGGUCCGCCGACCGGCCAUCACCAUUCCGGCAUGGGACCACCUCCUUCGAUGGGGCCGCCUAACAUGCCUCCCGCUAGCAGUCCGCUCCUUCCUAACAACCAUCCGCACGACGGACCCAUGCCGCCUCCAAGUUCGACGCCUAAUUCUCAUACGCAGAUGGUUUCUGAUAUGAUGGACAAUGGUAUUACUACGACGGCGCAGGGUGGGCUCAAUACGCACGUGACCACGGCUACUGGUGGCUCAGUUACGUCUGUGGUUACUACGGGACCUGAUGGUACACCUAUUGACGAAGGUUCGCAGCAAUCUACGUUAUCGAAUGCUUCUGCUGCAUCAGGAGAAGAUCCUCAAUGUACGACGCCCAAAACAUCAAGAAAAAACGACAUGGGUAUCUAUAGUCAUCCAACAACACCUCAAAGUACUGCCCCGUCACCAGGAGCAGCUAGUAUAAAUUCAAUGCACGAAGAAUACGGAGAACUUAGCAGUCCAAGUUGGCAAAGAACGCCUGCGAGUCCGGUGUUUAACAGUCAUGUGCCUCCCCCGGACACGUAUCGCUCAAAGAAAACCGACAGCCUUAGUAAGCUGUAUGAAAUGGAUGAAAAUCCAGAAAGGAAAGCUUGGUUAGACAAGCUGCUAGCGUUCAUGGAUGAUAGGAGAACACCUAUCACCACAUGUCCGACUAUAUCCAAGAAUCCCCUUGAUUUGUUCCGCUUGUAUAUGUUUGUAAAGGAUCGUGGGGGCUUUAUGGAGGUGACUAAUAAUAAAACUUGGAAGGAUAUUGCUGGUAUGCUAGGGAUCGGUGCUUCAUCAUCAGCCGCUUAUACGCUAAGGAAGCACUACACUAAACAUUUGCUAGCGUACGAAUGUCAAUUUGAUAGAGGUGGUAUUGAUCCUCAGCCUUUAAUUAACAAAGUCGAAGCUACGUCUAAGAAGAAGAGCGCUAAGGCUACCUCGGUGCCUUCUCCGGGUUCCUCCAACUCCCAGGAUUCCUUUCCGCCUGGGUCAGCUGCUGGAGCAUCGAUGGACGGUUAUGGCGGGUACGGUGGGUACCCGCCUUCUGGUAAUCCUGAUUAUCCACAACAGAGGCCUUCUUCGCAGUCCGCUCCUAGUCCACAUGGAGCAGGAGUCAAUCAUCACAACAACGCGGCGCCUGGAGGUCCCAGCCCUGCAGGCGGGGCUGCAGACAACGUGAGUGUAUCCAAUCCAUUCGAUGACGUAUCCCCGAGCCCAUCUCCGAGGGGUGGUCCUUUUCCCGGCGGACCGUAUCCCUCUGGAACGCCGCCGCGACCCCCAGGUCAGAAUUAUUCCGGACAACCUGGGUACCAGUAUCCGGGGCCCGGCCCUGGAUCGGGAGCACCUCCAGACCAGUAUUCCCCUUAUCCUGCUAGUUCAGGUUAUCCACCAGCCGUUAGGCCUAUUUAUCCACCCUACUCUGGCGACUCUUCAGCUCCACCACCGAGUCCCACCAACACCCAGGGACCUCCAGCAUCUGCGGCGCAAGAUCCUUAUCGAUACAACACGAAUCCGGGAUCUGGUUACAAUCCCAGACCCGCUUAUGGACAGGCACCAAGUAAUGCAGGGCCGCCUGCAUCGCAACCAGCCGGCCCUGGAAACUACCCGCCGCAUCCAGAUUACUAUCGUCCAGAACAAGUACAGCAGGGAACAGGCACAGCAGCUGGAUACACAGCAGGAACUAAUUCAAAUAAGAACAUGCCACCACCUGGGCCCCAGCCACCUAGAAGACAUCCGGAUUUUGCCAAAGACCAGCCCUAUGCAUAUGGUCAACCUCGCACUCCUAUGUAUGGCGGUUGGCCGAACAACAACCAAUACAGGCCACCCCAAUACGGCGGGUCUCCGGCUGGGCCACAAGUGGCUCCUCAGCAGUGGAACCAGGGCGGUAGACCUGGUCCUGGACCUGGAGGUUCUUGGCCGAGCAAUCAGAACUAUCAGCAGCAGCAGCAGCAACCUGGACAACCACCAUGGCCUGGAAUGGCUCAACCAACCGGACAAAGUGCGAAUAUAAGACCAGUUCACAGGCCAGGCAAGCCAUUUCCGAACAUAAUGCCACCCACCGCUGGCGGCAAGGGCAAUCAAGCGCAGCCCACACCGAGCAAUACUUACAGUCAUAGUCAGAUGCCGAAACGAGAGAUAACUUUCCCACCAGACAGCGUAGAAGCCACCGUUCCAGUCUUGUAUCGCAGGAAACGAUUGUGUCGAACCGAUGUUGGACAAGUAGAUGCCUGGCGCAUUAUCAUGUGUCUCAGAUCCGGAUUACUAUCCGAGAGCACUUAUGCUCUUGAUAUGCUUAACGUUCUCCUAUUUGACGACUCUUCAGUGGGUUAUUUUGGUCUCAACCAGUGGCCAGGAUUACUCGAACUUCUGAUGGAACAUUUCAAAUGCAGCCUCUCGGAUAUGUUCGACGGACCCUAUCCGCGUGAAGAGAACCUCGACGAACCUGAAGUUGAUCUUGGCGGCGUUACUAAACCUAUUGAUCCUAAUUUGAAGACUAUCAUUCUACACGAAACCACGAAUUACACCUUGAUAUCACGCAAAGGGAAUCCAGUGAAGUUGGUCGACAGACCCGAGGAUAUAUUCGUUCAGGAUCACGUCAAGGAUUGGGAUACGAAAGGGGAUCCGAAUCGAGCGAAUAUAUUGGCAGAAAUACCAAGCGAUCCUUGGUAUACAAGCGCCGAUCAUAUUUUGCCGCCGUUUCAAGCUGAAUUCGGUCAUAUUCCAUUUCACAUGCGAUUGGAUGACGAUAAGACGAAAUUCAAACAAGAGUUGAAAGAGGAAGAAGAUGACGAUGCUGCUUCCGCUGCUGCUGAUGCCGAUGAUGCUGCUGAAGCGGCCGAAGCGGCUGCUACCGACGAUGAUGACUCGGAGAACUCGAAGAGGAAGAUCAAAAGUCCUCCGCCGGACGAGACGCCGCCAGACGAAGCACCGCCACCUAAAAUUUGUGACAAAAGACCUAGGACAAAGUCAUUACUUGAUGUGAUAUAUCGAAUAACGCAUGAUUCCGAAACAAGCGAAGCGACAAACAAAAUAAAGACUGAGGUACUAAGUGAGAAAGUGAACUGUGAAGAGAGUCCAAGUAUAGAUCUGAAUAUUAGUGUAAAUGGCGAGUGCGGUGAUAGAGGACAAUCGGUGCGGGAUCCAUCAGGUACCUUGAAGCGACGACGGAUUUCCGAUUACGAGGACGAGGCUUAUACUAGAGACGAGGCCAGUUUGAUGCUCCUGACUGAGAGCCAGGACAACAUCGGCAAACGGUGCAUUUGCCUGUCUAAUAUACUUAGGAGCCUUACGUUCAUUCCUGGCAAUGAAAUCGAGUUUGCCAGAAGUGGCACGUUCUUGGCGCUCAUCGGCAAGCUACUCUUACUUCAUCACGAACAUCCACCGAGGACACAGAAAACUAGAAAUUACGACAGAGAGGAGGACGCUGACUUCGCAGAUUCAUGCAGCAGUUUGCAAGGCGAAAGUGAAUGGUGGUGGGACUUUCUUGUGCAAAUUAGAGAAAAUAUUCUUGUUUCAGUAUCAAACAUAGCUGGGCAAAUAGAUGUAUCAUUAUUUGAGGAAGAAGUGGCCAGGCCAUUGCUGGACGGACUCUUGCAUUGGGCGAUUUGCCCGUCGGCGACCGGCCAAGACCCUUUCGCUUCCGUAGGCCCAACGUCGCUGCUUUCCCCGCAGAGGCUAGCUCUAGAGGCGCUCUGCAAAUUAUGUGUAACAAAUAGUAAUGUAGAUCUGGUGAUAGCGACGCCGCCCUUUUCCAGAUUAGAGCGGCUGUGCACUGUACUCACCAAGCACCUGUGUAGAUCGGAGGAUCAAGUUCUUCGGGAAUUUUCGAUAAAUUUGUUGCAUUAUUUGGCGGCCGCGGACAGCAGCAUGGCCAGAGUGGUGGCAGUGCAAACGCCGUGCGUAUCGCUAUUAGUAGCUUUCAUAGAGCAAGCAGAACAAAGCGCCAUGGGAGUGGCCAAUCAGCACGGCAUCAGCGCUCUUAGAGAGAAUCCAGAUUCGAUGGGAACCAGUUUGGAUAUGCUGAGGCGAGCCGCUGCUACGUUAGUGUUUUUGGCGCGACAUCCCGAGAACAAACCUCUAUUGGUGCAACAGGAAUCGCGGUUGCUAGCGCUGGUUAUGAGCCAGAUACUAGACCAACAAGUGGCGUUGCUGCUAUCCAAAGUGCUGUUCCAGAUAUCCCGCAGCUAAUCCACUCUACCUCUGUAGAUACUGAAAGUGUUUUUGUCUAUGCUCGAUGCGGCCUUGAUGGUGUACAGUACAGAAUACAGAAUAGACCCGUGUAUAGUUUGAUUUCUCCCGGACUUUACCAUAAAUGACAGUGUGCGUGCGUGAGUGUGAUGAGUACGAGUGUUGAGACUUGACACCAAGACUAGAGAUGAGAUCCAGAUCUCUGAAGAAAGAAUAGCUAAACAAUUUUCACAUAGUGUAAUCCAUUAAUUGUACCAUUUUGUAAAUUAAGCGACAUAUGUCUUUCUGGAAAAUGUUAAACAUACAUCCAUGUUACUUAUUUUAUUUAUUAAUUUGAUAUGAAAAUAAAUAAACAGUAGAUUCCAACUACUCUGGAAUAAUAAUAGCCUGAUCUGGUGCGAGACGGGUGCAGGUGGUGUCAUCCAUCCCAUUUUGGUUUCCUGCACACACACUUUCUCUUCAUUCAUGUUUGGUAUUACUGUGAGAAUGCUUUAUACAUGUCUGAUAAUGAAUUUAAUUAAAUAAAUGUACAAAGGAAGUACCGAAAAUGGUGUUUUUAUACAAGUUUUAAUUUUCUAUGUAUAUUUAGAAAUGUUUUAUACAUCCCAUUUUAGCUGUUACAUUGGACUCUGUUAAAGAACAAGUACGGACUGUAAUCAUUAGAAAAUGGCAGUCUUGAUCUAGAACUCAAAUGUAGUUUAAAAUAUGUGGUGAUAUUUUUCUGGCUGUAGGU